GUUCCAGUCGCACGGGGGAAGGAGGACGCGAGGAUCUCAAGCCUCGGCGGGACCACCGUCUGCCGAGCGUCACGAGUCGGUCUGUAACUCUCGGCAGUGCCAUACAGUGCCCCGUGAUCCUUGUUCCCCGAGUUCCAUCGCGUAACCUCGUACCCUUCCUGUGGAUCUCGCGCGAGUGCGCCUUGGCCGGUCCGUGAACUGCCGUGAACCCUGCAGCCUCCUGCAUCCGUGUAGGAAUUCCUGGCGUGCGCAUGCGCGCACGCGUUCGCCUCUGGCGGAAUCGGACGAGAUGGCCACGGGUUGGGCGAUUCGCGUGCGGCCGCGUUCGCUGAGGUCACCGCGCCGGUUCGAGCGAAAUUCGAGACUCUGAAACGGAAAGAGAAAGGCAAGAGCGGGAGCUAGGUUAGGUUAGGUUAGGUUAGGUACGGCGGUGGGACCCGAUGUCGACGGCCUCGCUCCUCGAGAUGCACCCGUGGCACCGGCCGGUGCACGAGGGCGGCGCCGAGGACGACUCGGGGGGCUCUCUACUCCUACUGCUACCCGUCGCCAUGGGGUUCGCGACCAUCUGGAGCGUCAACCGGCGCAUGUGGUGGGUCAACGCUGUGCAGCACCAUCCAGGAGUUCCCGUAAGCACCGCCGUCAGCAGGCGGCGCCGGUGGCGCCCCGUCGCUUACCCCAGGAGGCCACCGACCUUGACUUGCCUCGACCAGCGGUGCCAUCGAUGUCUCGCCGACUCGCGAGAACGACGUACAGACUGCGAACCUUUCGCUUUGGAAAAGGAUACCAGCUUAUCAGAUGUUAGAGAAAGUAAUAUGACUGGAGGACGUCGGAAUCUUGGUGGACGCAAUGGCGUUGGUAAUCGGAUGCAUAUUAGUUCGAAUAGUAAUGCUGCUACCUUGACCUGUUCUAACAAUGGACUUGGAGGUUGCAAUGAAGACAAAAAACCUAUGGAUACUGUAAGUGGGCGGCCACUCGCUCCGAAACAUGUUCCUGUACCUGUUGUACCUGUGGAUGGGCAACUGAUGUUCGAAGCUCUAUCCCUGGGUGUAUCAACCAUUGCUGCAUGUCUGCAACUAUUAAAUUUGUACAGAAGCGUGUGGUGGCUCCCUCAGUCUUACAAUCAGAAUAGUAUGAACUUCUAUCUGAUAGACCCAUACUUGCUCAUAUUUAUCGCUAUAAUGUUAAUGCGGCGAUUCGUUUAUGCACUUCUAAGAAGGUUAAUUGAUGUUGUCUCACCAUCACGCUGGUUACCAGCAGCUCAAAAGAUUAUGAGGAUUAUCCUGUUGACAGUUGUCAUGGGAAUAUUGUCAUGGUGCUUAUACUAUAUGAGUGAGAGACACAACUCAAUGAAGGUCUUCUAUCUUUGCUAUCCGAGCAUAUCUGUGUACUUUCUGAUGUUUGGCAUGAGUGUGGGACCAUUCUUUGACAUUUCUACAGCUCCUCUCUAUAUUAAGGAAGAACGAAAGACAAAGUUCUUACUUGAUAAACCAUUGCACAAUUGUUCUUUAAGUGCAACGGCUAUAAGGGCAGAAGUGUCUAGCUUGAAAUCAGAUUUCAACUGGCGGUUAAAGCGUGCCCUGUUUGCAUCAUCUGGAAGUGCAUACGUAUGUGGCAUUGCGCCUGUCAUAUUUGUACCAUCGCACUUACAUUUCAACGUUACCUGGGUUGUACAGCAUGUUGUCUUAUUUUGGCUUGGAAGGUUAAGCGCACAUUUUGCACAAGCGUACCCUGUCAGAUAUUGCGACAUCUUGCACAGAGCUGCACUUCAUCUUGGAAGAUGGACUAAAAUCGAGGGCCGUAACAAUCACGUUCCCAUACAAAUAUGGAAUGACUCCAUACUGUGGCCUCAUGGAUCUUUAGUCAAACAUAACAAGGAAAUUUAUCGUUCAGAAGGCCUUUGUACAGCCGCAGAACCGGGAAAUACGAGCCAUUACAGAUUUCACGUACUCUUCAGUAAUCCAACGAUACUUCUCUGCCUGCUGUUAGGCCUCCAGUUAACGCUCGUAGCGGUGCAAUUGAUUAUUCUUUUACGUACAAUCGAGUGGUAUCAAGUACUGUCAAUGACACUGCUCCUGGUAACGAACUAUUACACAUUGUUCAAACUUGCCAGAGACUAUCUUGUAUGCUGGAAAGUGUACCGUGCCGAGCAGAUAGUUCAAGAAAAAGCACAGGCUGCAAUAAGUGGCACGAGCCAAUAGACUGUUACGCUAGACGAGUGUUCGAAUGUCCCUUGUGAUCUUUUUAUACUGUGAGAAUAAAUUAUUUGCUAUAAAAA